AUGACCAGGAAGAUCUUCACAAAUACCAGGGAGCGGUGGAGGCAGCAGAAUGUCAACAGCGCCUUUGCCAAGCUGAGGAAGCUCAUCCCCACUCACCCUCCAGACAAAAAGCUGAGCAAAAAUGAAACGCUUCGCCUGGCAAUGAGGUAUAUCAACUUCUUGGUCAAGGUCUUGGGGGAGCAAAGCCUGCAACAAACGGGAGUGGCUGCUCAGGGGAACAUUCUGGGGCUCUUCCCUCAAGGGCCCCACCUGCCAGGCCUGGAGGACAGAACUCUGCUUGAGAACUACCAGGUUCCUUCACCUGGUCCAAGCCACCACAUUCCUUAGUGUGGCUCUGGCUGUCAUCUCCCAGGGCAGCACUUGCUCAGAAAUCACUGCCUGUGGACAGACUUUUGCACGUUCCAGAGUUGACUUGAUGAUAACUCGUGAAGCAUGAAUUUUAGCUUCCUGGGAGGUGGCUCAGAGACAGCUGCAGGGAGCUGAAAGAAGCCAUGAGGAAUGUCACUUGUGGGCCGCCACCCCCCAGGGAUGUCAGGUAGAGCGGCCUACCUCUGCCUAUUUUAAAUCCAGGUUCUGUGUAAGACUUUUGGAGAAAAAAUUCUAAGUAAAAAAAAAAAAAAGGCUGAAAAUCACUGUUUACUCAAUGUCUUCAGUUAUAAGAAAGAAGUUUUCUCAUAAUGGAUCUCAGAUGAAUAAGUAGAAUAUGCUUCCUUCAGAACAUAUUUUAAAGUUUGUUUUGAAAAAUGAGAUUUGAUCAAGGGUGAGCAAAAUAAAUCUUAAGAUUGAUGGGCCGGGCACGGUGGCUCACGCCUGUAAUCCCAGCACUUUGGGAGGCUGAGAUGGGCAGAUCACCUGAGGUCAGGAGUUCGAGACCAGCCUGGCCAACAUGGUGAAACUCCGUCUCUACUAAAAAUACAAAAAUGAGCCAGGUGUGGUAGUGCGCACCUGUAAUCCCAGAUACUCAGGAGGCUGAGGCAUGAGAAUCGCUUGAACCCGGGAGGGGGAGGUUGCAGUGACCCAAGAUCAUGCCACUGCACUUCAGCCUGGGCAACGGAGCAAGACUCAGUCUCAACAACAACAACAACAACAAAAGUUUUCUCAUAAUGGAUCUCAGAUGAAUGAGUAGCAGCAUAUGCUUCCCUCAGAACAGAUUUUAAAGAUGGUUUUGAAAAAUGAGAUGUAUUUGAUCAAAGGUGAACAAAAUAAAUCUUAAGACUGAUGAAUAGAAAGAUAACCCCUGCAGAAACCAACCUGGGAGACUUGCGGGAAAAAUCUGUGGAGAAAAGACACCCCCCGCCCCCACCCCCACUAAGGUGUGGGGAUUACAGGAAUGCAGCAGAGAUAUGUGGAACAGUUCUGUGUCCUUUCAACUCUGUAGAAGUGUGAGGUGCUACUUGUGCUGAGCCAUUUGUACAUAUGUGACUUCUAAAGCCAAAUAGUGGAUUAUAUCUGUGAGACGAAACAACUGGAUAAUUUAUGUGUUAGGGCUCGUAGUUUUCUUAUGAAAAACAGUUAGCUGAAAUAAGUUAGCUAAAGCCUUCGUUUCACAUGUCAUGCAUUAAAACGUUUCACUCAGCCUCAACUCCUGCUGAUUUAAGACCUGUAAAAUUCAAUUAUAAUUAUGAAAAUCCAAACAUUACCAUUUAACGACUCAUUUAACAGAGAGCUUAGUUUAAACAAAACAUUUAGAGUAAACAAUAGAAAUGUAAUACCAGACGCUAAUGAACUAAUGAAUUUGUAAUUUGUCUUCUUUGCUAUGGCACAUUAGCCUUCUCAAAAAAGAAAAAAGUUUCUCAUAAUAGAUCUCAGAUGAAUGAGUAGCAUAUGCUUCCCUCAGAACAGAUUUUAAAGUUGGUUUUGAAAAAUGAGAUGUAUUUGAUCAAGGGUGAUCAAGCUUAGUCUUAGGCUGGGAGGGCUGGUACCCAACAAGUCAGUGAAAUAGCACGGAUCUGGCAGAAUCCAUCACCAUAUGCCACCCUGAUGAUACUUGGAGUCAAAGAUAAAUCCCAUAGUUGAACCUGGAAUACAAAUAAUGUUAUUUGAUUAUCUCUGGGACAUUUUCUUUCCCCAAAGUUCUUGACAGUACAUUGGUUUUAAAACCUUCUAAACCAUACGUAGGAAAUUGAUGGAUUUGAGAUUAGGGAUUUCCAGUAUAUACACAAUAGAGGAAUUUAAAUUUCCUGCCACUCAGAAAUAAGGUGUUUUACUUGUGAAAGGUUGAAAUGAGCCUCCUUGGUCUGGUGAUUGGAAGAAAGCUGGAUGAAACUCUUACAAUCUCAUUCUCCCGAAAUAGAAAGGUCAUUAUGUCAUUAAACUCUAUACAGCAUUCACACUUGUAACACAAUGCAUUUAUUUGAACCAGUAAGAUUUCCUUCUAGGCCCUUUAUUUAAACUGUAUUUGGUAAACUUCCCCACGGACCCAGCAUAGUCCAGGGAAACACAUAAGAAAAGAGAUCAAAAUGGUUUUCCUGAAUGUGCAUUUUUUUUUCUCACUAGCUUAUGUGGACACAAGCUUACCCCCAAAUUACCAGGUGAUAGUACAUUUCAAAGUUUUGAUGACAGUUGUCAAUUAACAUCACUUACUCUCUCAUCUGAAAUUAAAUCAAAAUAACACUUUUUACGGUAUUUUUAUAUUAGCUUUGUUUUAACAUGUUGCCAAGGAAAGCACAGAGUAUCUCUUUGCCUAGAUAUAGGAUUUUGCCCCUCUACCCAGGAUGAGUCCACUUUUCUGCUGCUGGGGCCAUGAUCUGUGUCAAAGGGGGCCAUGAUCUUCGACAAAGAGGGCCUUUCCACUGAAAUGUAACAGAGUGCUCCUGAAAAGUCAUGAGGAGAUCAAGUUCUCAUUAAACUAUGUGAGGGGGAAAUUAUUUAAAGAAAUUUGCAAAUAAUCCUAUAAUAAAUAAAUGAAACUUUAAAUCAUUAA